AUGAGUUUGUAUGCUCUUCCUGCUUUUCUUUGUCGUGAAUUGAAUUCAGUCAUUGCACAGUUUUGGUGGCGUUCGGAUGCUUCUACACGAGUUAUCCAUUGGCUUGGUAUGUCGGAGCGCUUACCAAAAUCAAUUGGAGGCUUGGGUAUACGAGAUUUGGAAGUUUUAAACCAAGCAUUCUUGUGUAAACAAGGGUGGAGUUUAAUUCAUGAAUCCAAUUCCUUGGUUGCUUGGGUUCUUAAAGCAAAGUAUUUUCUGCAUGGUUCCUUUCUAACUGCUGAGUUAGGGUCGCAACCAACUUUUUGCUGGCGAAGCAUUUGGUCUGUUCGGGGUGUGGUAAAAGAAGGUCUGCGGGCACAGGUAGGCGACAGAACAACCAUUCCGGUUUACUCUUACUGGGUACCUCAGUGUACACCAGCGGAGUUACUUCAUUCUUGUGUGGCCCCUAACUGCUUGACCUGGGUAUCUGACCUGAUCUAUCCUUCUUUGGGAACUUGGCGGACUAAUGUUGUUGAGACUCUUUUUCAGGCGCCCGUGGCUCGGGCCAUCUUAUCGAUUCCAUUGCAUGUGGAUUGA